AUGUCUGAAGAAUUCCCAACUCCACAACUGCUGAACGAAUUGGAAGAUGUCCCUCCACCAACACCAUAUGGGCGUGUUGUCAAAGAUAUAUUCGCUGGUACUAUGGGUGGUGUUGCGCAGGUGCUAGUGGGCCAGCCUUUUGAUACCACUAAAGUCCGACUGCAAACAUCAAAGACAAAAAUUGGUGUGAUAGAAGUUGUUCAAAAUUUGCUUAGAAAUGAAGGUGCUUUAGCAUUUUAUAAAGGUAUGUUGACACCACUUCUAGGUGUUGGUAUAUGUGUAUCGGUACAAUUUGGGGUGAACGAAUCCAUGAAAAGGUUCUUUGCUGCCUAUAAUGCAGAUCGAGUAGAUCCGCAGAAACAUGUACCUCUACCUUUGCACCAAUACUACCUCUGUGGUUUGACAGGUGGUGUGGUAAAUUCAUUUUUAGCAGCACCAAUUGAGCACGUCAGAAUAAGAUUGCAAACGCAAACAAGUCAAGGCAAUGAGAGACAAUUCAAGGGCCCAUUCGACUGUAUAAAAAAACUUGCCAAAGCAAAAGCAUUAAUGAGAGGAUUACUGCCAACUAUGAUCAGAGCAGGCCAUGGUUUAGGUACAUAUUUUGCUGCAUAUGAGGCGUUGGUUGUCAAAGAAUUUGAAAAAGGUACACCAAGAAAUCAGAUCCCAGCUUGGAAACUUUGUUCCUUUGGUGCGUUGUCAGGUACAAUCUUGUGGUUAACGGUAUAUCCAGUCGAUGUUGUUAAAUCGGUGCUACAGACAGAUAGUAUCGAAAAUCCUAAAUAUAAAAAUUCAAUUAUCAAAGCAACUAGAGCCCUGUACAAGCAACAUGGAAUACCUGCUUUCUUUAAAGGAUUUGUGCCUACUAUGAUUAGGGCCGCACCUGCUAACGCAGCCACAUUCGUGUCAUUCGAAAUGACAAUGAGGGUAUUGGGCUAA